AUGGCAGCUCCGGCGACAGUAUUGGCGGGGGUGGUGCGGUGUCCGUUCCGAUCGGAUCAGCUGUGUACGGGACUGGGAGGAGAUCCUGUCUCCUCGGCCUCAGAGCUCGGUGUAGAUCCUGUCUCCUGGGUCUCAGAGCUCGGUAUAGAUCCUGUCUCCUCGGCCUCAGAGCUCGGUGUAGAUCCUGUCUCCUGGGUCUCAGAGCUCGGUAUAGAUCCUGUCUCCUCGGCCUCAGAGCUCGGUGUAGAUCCUGUCUCCUCGGCCUCAGAGCUCGGUAUAGAUCCUGUCUCCUCGGCCUCAGAGCUCGGUGUAGAUCCUGUCUCCUCGGCCUCAGAGCUCGGUGUAGAUCCUGUCUCCUCGGCCUCAGAGCUCGGUGUAGAUCCUGUCUCCUCGGCCUCCAGAGCUCGGUGUAGAUCCUGUCUCCUCGGCCUCCAGAGCUCGGUAUAG